AUGACUGAACCCGCAACAAACAUUCCUAGAGGCUCUUGGGUCCUCGUCACAGGCGCAAAUGGGUUCGUGGCAUCACAUGUCGCCCAGCAGUUCCUUCACCGGGGUUACAAAGUUCGAGGAACAAUCCGAGACCUUGAAAAGUCCUCCUGGCUUAUCCAAGACGUCUUCAAAUCCUAUGCAGACACUGGCGACUUCGAGCUGGUUGUUGUUCCCGAUCUUGCUGUCGCAGGUGCCUUCGAUGCUGUGAUAAAGGGGGUGUCUAUCAUUGUCCAUGCGGCUUCAAUCGUCAAUUUCUCUCCGGAUCCAAACGAAGUCAUACCUCAGACAGUUUCCGGUGCUACUUCCAUCUUGGACGCUGCUCUGAAGGAGCCGUCGGUCAAGGCAUUCGUCUAUACCGGCUCAAUCGCAGCUGCUGUGCUCUAUGACCCAGAGAAGAGUGUCCAUGUGGAGCGGGAUACCUGGAAUGAGGCCGCCGUACAGUUUGCCUGGGCUCCGCCACCCUACGACUCUUCGCGCAGUAUGCAUGUCUAUCAAGCAAGUAAAACUGAAGCUGAAAAGGCCGUCUUGAAGUUCCUUGCUGAGAAAAACCCGAACUUCAGCAUCAAUUCCGUCGAUCCCUCAACUAUUAUGGGAGAAGCUCUUAAUAAGAAGCACCUUGAAACCCCAUAUUCGUAUCUCAAGGUAUUAUACGACGGAAAUGUCGGCUUCCUAGCCGACAUACCAUCAAUAAUACAUAUUGAUGUCAAAGACGUUGCUCUGCUUCACGUUGCAGCGGCACUGGAUCCCGAGGUUAAUGGCGCACGCCUCCAAGCAUGGGGAGAUAACUGCAAUUGGAACGAUGUGCUUGCCAUUGUGCGGCGGCUCUAUCCUCAACGAAAAUUUAUGGAUGAUCUCCCUGUCCAUCCACCACUUGCUGUGACGACUGAUUUCAGCCAACCUCUGGCUUUGCUGAAGAAAUGGGGCCACCAGGAUGGAUGGAAGUCUUUGGAAGAAACCGUUGCCGAUAAUAUGAAGAACAUCUUGGAAUGGUAUCCAUAGAGCCUGUUUGGGUUGGGGGAUUUGUUUGUAUGAAAAUGUAGAUGGGCCAAUGACUUCAUAGUUCGGAUUACCUAUAUUUACAUAUAUCUUACCCUCAUAAAUAGCUAUCUCUCGUGGAAAGGAAUUAUUUGAC